GAAAAAACCACCUCUUCAACGCAAUCACUCCCUCCGUGUAGGUUUUCGCCUGCCAGUCACGCUACAGGGCCGAUAACUAUGCCAAAUUUCUCGUGGCACUUUGACUCAGUUCUCUCUACACGUUGAUGUCAUUUUCUCCCAUCUCGACCGCGUCCUCGUUGGGAAAACUGGGGUCAGCUGUCCAGAGGGCCCCUGUCUCCGUCAUUACAAGAAAUGCAAAACGGUAGUCCGAACGGAAUUUUACUCCAAGAUGAAAGCGUGACCCCCGAAAUCGACGCCGUUCCGUCCGAUGUCCUUCCCACGGAGCUUCCAACACCUUCUGCCACCCGCGACUUGAAUUCUGCUGCUCUCCCAACUGAAGACGACGGGCCUGUCGCCGAUCAUCCCGACGGACCUCCAUCGAAGAGAAGAAAACUCGCGGGGUCUACCCCGUCACGUCGCUCGGCCUCCCGGCCAGCAUCACCCCCGUGGAAGAAGGCCGGGCACGAUGGGCCGACAUCCUUCAUUCAGGAUGGUAGGCGCAAGUCAUCGCGAGUCAACGCGCUUCCCCUCGAGCUGCAGAGUCCAUCCGACAAAAGACACACCCGUGCGGCUCAAAAUAAGUUUGUGAGUAAGACUGUGUCUGGUAGCUCGAAAGGCGUCGCGUCGUCACCAUUUUCCACGCCGACACAACCGGAGCGGAAUGGAAGGUCUAUAGCUGGCAGCGCCGUAAUCAAUGGCUCUCCUCGAAGUACCACGACAAGGAGGUCUACAGGAAGACAAAGUCUGGCAUCGCAAUCGCCGGCACCCAGGCAGCUUCAUACGCGCACAAGAUCGCACAGCUCCAGCACUUCGCGUCGUGUUUCCCAGGGCGGUGUCAACGGCUCCAGCCGACACAGCCGAUCCGCCUUAAAUACGAGUACUCCCGCGACCUUGGAGGAUGAGCAUAAUCUAGGCCAAGAAUUCGAAGAUGGCGGGCUUGAUUGCCUUGAUGAUUCCGAUGAGCCAGUUCCGCGUUUACGGAUCAAAGUCAAGCGACCGAUGAUUGAAAUUCAGCAUCCGUCUCACGUUUUGCCGCCCCGAAAAUUCAACUCCUUCAAGGAAUGGCUGGAUAGCGAUGAGGGUAGAAUAAAGGACCACACGGUUCUCGCACCGGCCGACGCGCUUGAAGAGGCUCUAAAGAGACGCCGGGUAGCAAUAGCGGCAGAGCCAGGGGGUCUUCUGAGCCCAGACGUAUGUUCUGCGUUCUUACCAGAGCAGCAGGAGGAACCGCCACAGCAAUAUUCUCAUCAAGAUCAUCUCGUGGCCCACGUCUCCUACUUCAAAAAGCUUCUCGAUCAAGAGCAUAGGCGUCAUCGCAACACGGCAAGACUAUUUGCGCAGUGGUGUGCUGAUGCAUGGAGGAAGCGCAACAAGGAUCCCGAAGAUAUCCUUCGGGAACAACAGGAGGAGAUGCGCGGGAAACGUAAACAGAUGGCCAAAGAUCUUCAGAAGAUGUUUGAUCUUGCACGAGCUGAGGUGGAUAGGAUGCGUUUAGCACGCUGGGAGGAAGAGCGAAAAGCCGAAGACCAACAGGCGUUGGAUCGUGCUAUAAAGCAGUCAACAAUGCUCUUUGAAAAGCGACGCCUGGAAAUCCUUGGCGAAGCCGGAAGUGACGCCCUUGAUUCAAGCGACGGAGAGCAAGCGGGGUCAGAUGACCUCUCAGAUGACGGCGACAACGACGAGGACAACAUGUCCUCCUCAGACUCUGAGAGUGAGGACGAUAACGAUGUUGAUGAUGAUGAAGGCUUAACAGCCGAGGAGCUACGGUUGAAAUACGCCAACCUUGCAGAAGCUACAGUUGUUUCCGAUCACGACUCCGAGGUCGCUGACGACCCAGCUUCUUUCGGCGGCGGCGAUAUUUCAGAUACUGAUCGCGUGUUAGACGGGAAUGGUGGAUCAGUAGACCCGCCCACAGAAGCCCGAUCUGAUCAGUAUAUCGAACUCGAGGAAGUUGACCCAGUGCUUAUGGAUGACAGUGAAGACGAGUCUACUGAUAUGGAUGAUGACGACAUGAGCAGCAGCGAUGAUGGGGAUGAAUCUGACGAGGUGGAGUCCGAAGCGGAGCUUAAUAAUGGGCCUGGGUUGUUGGGGUUCUUCUCGGCUAAUGAUAUUGCCCUGGAACAAGAUAGCGAUGGCGACGAAAUUACCUCUGAUUAUGACCUAGAAACCGAUGCAAAAAUAGCAUCUGCUGGUGAGGAGGAAGAUGAGGAGUCGGAAGACCCUGACGAAGUCUCUCUCGUACCAAACGGACCUGCAAAAGACUCACUCCCAUCACCCGAGCCCCCCCAAACUUCCCCUGCGCCUGGCCUAUCCCCCGGGCCUGCUUUUGAACCCAUGCUUGGGUCCACUCCUGGUGAGAAGACAACGCCAGACUUCGAGAUGACAGAUCUUGUUGCCCUCGAAACCCCAGAUGAGGUGGUUGAACCUGAAUUGCUACCUCGACCUGAUGGUGCACAGGGUAAUGACCACUCUGAAUUGAAUGGUUUCCCAAGCAAGGAGCCGUCCAGUGAAGCAUCUCCGGGCACGAUUGCCACGAAACCCUCAGAACCGGAAUCUGUUUCGUCAUAUGAAACGUCUGAACAGCAGCUACCGGCCAGCGAAUCGUCAGCACCUGGUUUGAAGACCCCCGUGCCACAUCUGCUUAGAGGGACUCUGCGAGAAUAUCAACACUUUGGUUUAGACUGGCUGGCUGGCCUCUACACAAACCAAAUCAAUGGGAUUCUUGCUGAUGAGAUGGGUCUCGGCAAAACCAUCCAAACAAUAGCUUUGCUGGCACACUUGGCUGUUGAGCAUGAAGUCUGGGGUCCUCACUUAGUGGUUGUCCCUACGAGUGUGAUCCUCAACUGGGAAAUGGAGUUCAAGAAAUGGUGCCCUGGAUUUAAGAUCAUGACUUACUAUGGCAAUCAAGAGGAACGUCGGCAAAAGCGCAAAGGCUGGAUGGAUGAUACCAGUUGGAACGUCCUGAUCACCUCGUAUCAGCUUGUCUUACAAGACCAGCAAGUGCUAAAGAGGAGAAGCUGGCAUUACAUGAUUCUAGACGAAGCUCAUAACAUCAAGAACUUCCGAUCUCAGAGGUGGCAAGCGCUGCUUACUUUCAGGACUCGGGCUCGCCUCCUCCUCACUGGAACACCACUUCAGAACAAUUUGACUGAACUAUGGUCCUUGCUUUUCUUCCUGAUGCCGUCAGAUAGUGAUGAGGAGGGCAUGGAAGCAUUUGCAGAUCUGAGGAACUUCUCCGAGUGGUUCCGACGUCCAGUCGAGCAGAUCUUGGAACAUGGUCGAGAGACAAUGGAUGACGAAGCAAAACAAGUCGUCACCAAACUUCACACUGUUUUGCGGCCGUACAUCUUGCGUCGCCUCAAGGCCGAUGUUGAGAAGCAAAUGCCAGCAAAAUACGAACAUGUUGUCUACUGCAGGCUCUCCAAGCGCCAACGUUAUUUGUAUGAUGGAUUUAUGUCUAGGGCCCAGACAAAGGAAACUCUUGCUUCCGGUAACUACCUUUCGAUCAUCAAUUGCCUGAUGCAACUGCGGAAAGUUUGCAAUCAUCCGGAUCUCUUUGAGACACGUCCUAUUUCGACCUCGUUUGCAAUGCCACGCUCUGUGGCCACUGAAUACGAGAUCAAGGAUCUUCUUGUGCGCCGGCGUUUGUUGUAUGAACAUCCGCUCACCAAACUUGACCUGGAUUUCCUCAACCUGGUUCCCAUCUCGCGCGAGGAUAUUUCUCGCAGGUUAGCGGACGACAGUACAAGGCUCAUGGCCUAUGGUCCGUUCAACACGCUACGCGAACAGCAGUAUCAUCGCACCAACUGGCAGAUGAUCUUCGACGGCUCAAGUGUGCAAUCAACCUUAGAUGCUUUGGAGAAUGAGUCCAGGAAGAGGAGGAUGGCGGAACUAGAGCGGUGUCUCUACUUUGAAUCCAAACGGCACGGUCGCCGCCCUGUAUACGGAUCGAGUCUAAUCGAGUUCCUCACGGCGGACAGCAAGCAGCGGCCAACCACCAAUGGACCGUUGCGGAAACGCUCCCUGGCUGAUUGGCUGUCAAGCCGCUCAUCCGUUCUCGCAUCGAUGAUCUUGUCCAUUGAAGAACGGUCCCAGGUGAUGGAUGGCUACGUCCAGCGUUUUGCUUGUGUGACCCCUGCAGCAAUUGCUUCCGGAGUCACUGCGGCAGCCUUGACCCCCAUCGAAACCCGUCACCUUACCAAUAAAGAACGCUUCCCACCCUAUGACCCGUUUCAUGAGGCACAAAUGCGGUUAUCAAUCGCCUUUCCGGACAAGAGACUUCUGCAAUACGACUGCGGCAAGCUACAACGACUCGAUAAGCUACUCCGAGACCUCAAAGCGGGCGGACACCGGGCCCUGAUUUUCACGCAGAUGACCAAGAUGCUCGAUAUCCUGGAACAGUUUCUUAACAUUCAUGGUCACCGCUAUUUGAGACUGGACGGCACCACCAAAGUUGAGCAGCGUCAGAUUCUCACUGAUCGGUUCAACAAUGACAACCGCAUUCUGGCAUUCAUCUUAUCCAGCCGCUCCGGUGGUUUGGGAAUCAACUUGACCGGCGCCGACACCGUGAUUUUCUAUGACUUGGACUGGAACCCGGCUAUGGACAAGCAGUGCCAGGAUCGUUGCCAUCGUAUUGGACAAACUCGCGACGUUCACAUCUACCGGUUCGUGUCGGAGUACACGAUUGAGUCCAACAUUCUUCGCAAAGCCAAUCAGAAGCGGAUGCUGGACGACGUGGUCAUCCAAGAGGGUGAGUUCACCACCGACUACUUUACCAAGCUGGACGUGCGCGACAUGAUCAGCAGCGAGGACGUGCUCGAGGGUCAGGAUGAGGCCAGCGCUGCGAUGGAUCGGGUGCUCGAGAAUCGGGUCUCCGGCAGUGCUCGGGUCUUCGAACAAGCGGAAGACAAAGAAGAUAUCGACGCGGCUAAGAAUGCCCAGAAGGAGUUGGAGCACGCUGACGACGGCGACUUCGAUGACCGAACUCCUGGCCAGACGCAGGCCGGGACACCGCUCGCGACUCCGCGGCUUUCCAAUGGACCGGACGAAGGUGGUGCAGCCUCAGGUACUCCCGGGCCGCAACUUCUGACCUCGCCUCAGAUUCACGCGGUGGACGAAUCUGUGGACGUCGAGGCCCAGUUCGGCCAUGUCGACGACUACCUGCUUCGGUUUAUGGAGUGGAAUAUGAAAGACGAGCCGCUUGUCCUACCCGCAGACAAGAGCAAAUCCAAGUCCAAGAAAGGUAAAGAGCACCGUCUUCGGAAGCGACGUCGUUGAGGCGGAAAGGUUUGAGAUUUGGAG